UACAAACAUAGUAUCUUUCAUAGAGUUAUUAAAGAUUUUAUGGUCCAAGGUGGUGAUUUUUUGAAUUCAGAUGGGACGGGUUCUACUUCGAUUUAUGGUCAAAAAUUUGAAGAUGAAAAUUUCAAAUUGAAACAUGAAACUGCUGGACUCUUUUCAAUGGCAAACUCUGGACCUAAUACCAAUGGUUGUCAAUUUUUCAUUACUUCUGCAGCUUGUGAUUUUUUAGAUCAUAAACAUGUUGUUUUUGGGAAAGUAUUGGAUUCAGAUGGACUUUUAGUAAUGAGAAAGAUCCAAAAUGUACCUACUGGUCCGAAUAAUCGACCUAAAUUGACAGUCAAAGUUACU